GAGUGGGAGAAGCUGCUGCUCAGAAAGUUGUGAGAGUCCGGCGGAGAGAGGGUCAGGGAGAGGCACCUGCAGACACUCACACUCACCUAUGGGAAUGACGCGAGAAGGACUCUGAUCUGCGACCCCGUCCCACUUGCCUGACCUACUUUGCCCGUGGAAAUAGGAGCCAGUGCCCCUGAGACACUUUCCCUAAGGAACGAGCUGCCACUUAGUUACAAAGUUACUGACCUGAUAAAGCGCCAUGAUGUUGGAGGAGAGACUUCCUGCUGUGUGUGUUCUCCUGUCUUUACUGACGUUUGUGGAACCCUACAACUCUCCCCUGAAACCAACGUGGCCUAAUUACAAAGUUCCGGUUAUUCUCCCACAGUCUAUAUCUAAACUAGACAAAGCACAAUUUGAUGCAGAUCCCAGUCUGAAUGUGUCGUCUUCAUGUGGGGCCGAAUGCCAUAAAUACUCCUCCAUGCCAACCUAUGAGGAUCUGAGGGAUUAUAUGGCCUACGAGACCCUCUAUUCCAACGGAAGCCGUACCAUGACCAAUGUGGGCAUUUAUGUUCUUAGCAGCAGCGGAGGGGAGGGCAGGUCUCGCACAAAGAGGCAGAUAUACGGCCAUGACGGUCGCUUUAACAUAUACGGCAAAGACUUUUUGCUGAAUUAUCCCUUUUCAACAUCUGUCAAAUUGUCCACCGGGUGCACCGGCACUUUGGUGGCAGAAAAACAUGUUCUAACCGCGGCUCAUUGUAUCCACGAUGGGAAGAGUUACGUUAAAGGUGCCCAAAAGCUGAAGGUCGGGUUCCUAAAACCAAGGUAUAAAGAUGGAGGGAAAAGCCUAAAUCAGACUAAUCCCAGAAUUCCAGAAAAGAUGAAGUUCCAAUGGAUCCGGGUAAAGAGGACCCACGUUCCCAAAGGCUGGAUUAAAGGAAAUGCCAACGAUAUUGGAAUGGAUUAUGACUAUGCUUUGCUGGAGCUUAAGAAACCUCACAAGAGAAAAUAUAUGAUGAUUGGCGUCAGCCCUUCCGGGCGCUACUUACCUGGAGGUAGGAUCCACUUCUCUGGCUAUGACAACGAUAGGCCUGGCAACCUGGUCUACAGGUUUUGCGAAGUCACUGACGAAACCUACGACCUUCUCUACCAACAAUGUGACGCUCAACCAGGCGCCAGCGGCUCUGGCGUCUACGUGCGAAUGUGGAAGAGGCAGAAGCAGAAAUGGGAAAGGAAGAUCAUCGGAAUAUUUUCCGGCCACCAAUGGGUCGACAAAGAUGGCGACAAACAAGAUUUCAAUGUAGCCGUGCGCAUAACGCCGCUGAAAUAUGCCCAGAUCUGUUUCUGGAUUAAAGGAAACUACGCUGAUUGUCGGGAUGAAUAACCCCCCUGUCUCCUUCCAAAGUAGCGAUGCACUUGAACGUCUUACGAGUUUUACAAAGCGAAACCAAAACCCACCGAGAUUAACGUUUGUAUUUAAAAGUCCUAAGCUAAACGCGCCUUCACUAAAGAGCACGAUGAAUCAAGGGGAAGCAACACAAGGGAAAAGGAGAUACUUGGUUAUUUGUCUCUAGCUACUGUUCUGUACUGAUACAUUGAAAGAGUCUAUUGAUGGAAUGUAUUAACUAGCACACAUAUAUAGUUUUUUAAAAUGAUAUCUAUUUUUUUUGGUCCUGCGCCCAGUUUUAUGAAUUUCAAAACUAAAAUUAAAAUAUUCAUUCCAUGGCCAAUACCUCCAGCCUUCCGUGUAAUCGUACCACGUUCAAGAGUUAAAAAAUGUCACAGCAUGGACUCGAAUUCUAUAGAGAUUUCAUUUAUUUCCAAUUUUCCUGCUGAGUUCUGAGUUCAGCACUGAAGCGUUAAGGAUCUUUCAGCACACCAUUUCCAUUCGCCCGUAUCGCUUCAUCUCAGGAAGUAAAAAGAACCACUUAUUGCCUUAUGUAUUCUGCAUUUAAUGAGAGCGUAUCGCAUUUCAUUUGCACGUUAGCUACAUAUUCUGCAUUUCAUAGAGAAUAUUUCAUGUCAGAUUUUUUUUCUCCUAAUUUGGAAGACACUGGGUUUAGUCUAAUAAAAGAUUGGUUUUCUAUUAUUUACCAUAUAUAUAUGUUUUCACUCUAAAUCCAACUGAGCUUUAAGGUGUAUCUAGAAGAGCAUGUAGACUUCUCAUACAUCUUAACAACAAUGGACUUAAGACUGAGCACCCUCCUGCCACUCCUUUAAACACCCACAAGGAUGUCCAACCCCACAGUUAGAGAACCAUUCUCAAAACCCUUUGAAAGUGUUAUUUUUGUUUGACCAGACUGGAGGCUCAGUAGUUAAGGUGAUAUUUACUUGUCACCAAUUUAAAAGCAUCCAUCUUUUUAGUUGCUAUGGGUUAGUAGCUCAUUGCAUCCACGAUGGGAAGAGUUACGUUAAAGGUGCCCAAAAGCUGAUGGUUGGGUUCCUAAACCAAGGUAUAAAGAUGGAGGGAAAAGCCUAAAUCAGACUAAUCCCAGAAUUCCAGAAAAUAUGAAGUUCCAGUGAAUCCGGGUAUAGAGUACCCAUGUUCCCAAAGGCUGGAUUAAAGGAAAUGCCAACAAUGUUGGAUAUACUUUGCUUGAGCUUAAGAAACCUCACAAGAGAAAAUUGAUGUCCAACUCCACAGUUAGAGAACCAUUUCUCAAAACCCUUUGACAAUGUUACUUUUGUUUGACUAGGCUGGGGCAUCAGUAGUGAAGAUGAUAUCUACUGGUCACCACUUCGAAAGCAUCCAUAUUUCAGAUACUAUGGGUUAGUAUGGCUUUAUAAUGGCUUAUGAUUGUGGUAUUGCUGAAAUUCCCAUCUGCAAUGCCAGCUGUAAAGUUGCGUAAAGAUUGGUCAGUGAAGAGAUAAACCUAUGGCGGGACCUAUUGAUGUGCGUACAUCACUAGCGGGAGCCAUAUUAACUAAUUUAGGCCUAGCUGAUAAGCAUACCUUAUCGACACAUUCAUCAACUGAUUUUUCAGGUCUUAUUGGAAUCUGGAAUUGGUUCUGAUGAGAAAUUGUUUCAUUUGAACCCCAACACAAUUUGGUCAAGAACUGGCCAAACUGGUUUACCUUUGUGCAUCAGCUUAAGAUGACGCUCCUCCACUUUUUAUGUGUAAGCAGAUGUAAGUCAAUAGAAGCCUUUCAAUCAGCAUCAGAUAGAAUCUCAUGACUUGUAAAAAGCAGUCAAGCUGCAGGAGAAUUCUCCCCUGGGAAACAGCUAGAACCUUCUCUGAUCCAUAGGAUUUUGUGCAAUGUGAGAGCCUAAAAAGGUCCAUGCACUUGUCAUACAUUUCACACUACCUAUUCUGUUCUUUUUAAACAAAUAGCAUGGUGGGCUGUUGAUCCAACCGUCUGCUUGACCAUGACCAUAUUUUAGAUAUUUGCUGACUCAUGACCCUAAUGAUUAUCCUGCACCCCCAUCAUCCACUGCCUGCACCCACCAAACUUUGAGCCUAUUCUUCGGUUUGUGAACCUCUCCACUAGAUGCUGAUAUUACAACUAGAGAGGCAACAAAUUCAAGAUUCUGUUCUUGAUUUGACCAAACCUCACCCCUUAUGAUUUGCAACAUUUUUUAAAGAUUUUUUGCCAAGGGACCCCUAAUCAAAACUUUGCCCUGGACCAUUCUAUCUAUCCAUUUUAUUCUGUCUUCUGGGCAUCCCAGUGAUUAUUAAAAUAGGUUCUACUUUUGGUGGACAGGGUCAACCACCUCCAUGUUAAAUGGAAACUGUAACUUGAUUGAAUACAGUUUUACUAAAUUUACAACAAUCAUUUCCCAAGCGAUGUCAUUUAAAGGGACGUAUCCCGAAAUGGGCAGGUUAAUUGGCUCAUGAAGAAAUUGACAACAUGUGUGACUGUGAUAGGAACUUUAGAUUGUAAGCUCCACUGGAGCAGGGGCUGAUGUGAAUGGUGGACGAUCUGUGUAUGGCCCUGAACAAUGUGUUGGCUCCAUAUAAAAGAUGGAUCUUUUUUUUAAUUUUUUUUAAAUGAUGAUUAUGGCACUGAAUUCAUCACUAAUGGGGUGUAAAUGUUAGCGUUGUCAAGGCAACCAUAGGUGAGAAUUGAUGGUUACAUAUUUUUUCAGGUCGGCUGGUGGACAUAUUGACAUAAAUGUGUUAUCUAUAGAAUAAUACCAGAUGUUUUGGUGGAAUAGAAUAUAGGUCCUUAAUGGAUAACAUAUACUGGGAUAUUCUCCUUUUAUUUCUGCCUGUGUGGGCCAAUAAAUGCAGAAUAAACUGAGGAUGUACAUGACAUGUUGUGUAUGAUUUAAGAGAUUGGACAUUACAUCAGUGGAGUAGGAAAUGCUCGUAAUUAAGGGCCGAGAACAUGGGAUUUAAGGAUAUCUCUAAGCAAAAGGUGAACCAACAAAUCUUGGCAAUUGGCUGCAUUUCUCAGAAGGAAAACUCCUUAAAUCCUGGGCAAAUGGUCCUUGGGGAUUUCAGUACCUCAGCCUUACACAGUAACAUAGUGACUAAUGAGGCAUGAGGUCAGGGAUGGAAAUGAUGGCUCAUUCUUGCAUAGCUAGCCUUCCGUGAAAUUAUCCUGAUAUCAGCUGAAAUAUUUUCCAUUAGGAAGUAGCCUUUAACAUCUGGCUUAGAAUACUUAUUGGCUUUAUGUUGCCUUAGGCAUGUUUUGUAGUGGAAGCAAGAAGAGGACAGUUACCAUGUGACACUUGGGCUUUGACUUCCAACAAGUCCCAAAAAUCAUGGCACACUUUGCCUGUAUCUAUCCCCAUAACAAAUAAUAGCUGUAUAAGUGUGAUGCUGAUUAUUAUUGUACAGGUAUGGGAUCUGUUAUCUUGAAAGCCAUUAUCCAGAAAGCUCCUAAAUACAGGAAGGCCAACUACCAUAGACUUCAUUUUCAUCAAAUAAUUAAAAUUUGUAAAAAUGAUUUUUUUCCCCUUUUAUUAGAAGUCAGUAGUGAUGUGCGGGUCCCGGCUUCCUCCACCCGUGCCCGUCCGCAUCUGACUUCCAGGUUCCUUUUAUAGACCAUUGCCGCCUUGCCGAUGACAUCACAAAAGGGGUGGGUUGAGCAGGCGCGCGGCUAUAGGUAGCAGGCAGGGAGAGCAGAUGGAAGAGCUCGACCCAGACCCACCCACCCGACCCGUGGGUAUUGGGCCGGCCCACACAUCACUAGAAGACAGUACCUUGUCUUUGAUCCAAACUAAGAUAUCAUUGGUCCUUUUAGGAGGCAAAACAAUAUUAUUGGGUGUCAGCGUCAGACUGGAGCAUUGGUGGCCGAUGGGGCUGCCACACCAAGGGCCCUCCUUGCAGCCACCAGGGGCCCCCUCCAAACCCCGGUCACAUCGUGUACUGAUAAUCUGUAUUUCUUCAGGGGAUGGCUGAUCAAGAGAGCAGACCUGGGCCAGUGGGGGCCUCUGAGAGCCGGGGCCCACCGACCCUGUUCAGUGUAAUUAACGUUUAAAUGAUUUUUUUAGUACACUUAAGGUAUGCAGAUCCAAAAUUUUGGAAAGAUCCCUUAUCUGAAAACCCCAGGUCCCAAGCAUUCUGGAUAACAGGUUCCAUACCAGUAAUUAGUUCCUGUUUGUAUUGGUAACAUGGACUAUCAUGCAGCCUUUAUAAUCCAAUAACAUGGGUAACUUUUGAAGCCUGGUAUGAACCUGCCUCUAGUAGCUUGCACUGGUAAUGAGUAAACAAUAAAGGAUGAACGUUCACGGAUAUUCAUUUCACUAUGGGGGAUCUCUUGAAAGACUCACCAAUGUGGUCCUGUCCUGAGGCUGAAGUCUAACACAGCACUUAUUAUAUUUAGUCCAUAUUCAUUUCUAGUAGAAUGCACUAAGGCUCUUUAGCUUUUAUUUAAUAUGUCAGUGUGCAGGGUAUUUCCGUGCUCUAUAGAUUACACACGUCCCUAAAAAUGUAAUGGUGCUUUUAUCAGUGUUGUGUAGGUGUAGCGUACGCUGCGCUCGGUGUAUCUUUAUUUCCUUAGAUAUACGUUCCCUCUCGCGAGCUGUGCAAUUUCUAAAGUGUUGUUUGUAAAUAGUUUUAAUGAUAAUUUGCAGAUAAUUUGCUAUUUGACAUGUUUUCCUGUAUUGUAUUGUGCCACCGCACUCCUUUCGAAUGUACGCAACCCAAAAAAAAGGAAAAAAAAUUAAAUGAAACAAAGAAAA